AAAAUAUGAAAUUGAUGUCCUGUCUGGAACCUCCCAAGAGACUGAACCUGAAGCAAACCCUAGAAAUUUACACAUUUUCCCCCAGAAAUUUCCCUCACUUUCUUCCCUUUAUGAGAUGGGAAAUGGAGAUUGAUGAAAUUGAAGCGGUUCUGGAGAAAAUCUGGGACCUACACGACAAACUAAGUGACGCCAUUCACUCGAUUUCGCGGACCCACUUUCUCAAUUCAGUCAAAUGCCUUAAGAAAUCCGAGAAGAAGAAACUCUACAGUGAUACUGGAGAUGAAAACCGGGCCGGGUUCGUGUUCGUGAAGGGGGUCCGGGUCGAUGAUAAUGACUCCGCGAUUCAAGAGGCUAAGAGUCUGAAUGCGAUUAGAACUGCUCUUGAGAACCUCGAAGACCAGCUAGAGUUUCUUCACACUAUACAAGUACAGCAACGAGCAGAGAGAGAUGCUGCAAUUGCACGGUUAGAACAAAGCCGGAUUGUUCUCGCAAUGAGGUUGGCGGAACACCAUGGUAAGAAGCACAAAGUCAUUGAAGAAGCUUUAGCUUUUGUUGGAGAUGUACAUGAUGCUGCUCGCUUUAUCUCACCUGAAAACCUUUACAGUUCACCAGUAAGUCCAUCUGGUAACUUAGUGACACCUGAAGGGAAGCGAUCUAAUAUAAUCAUCCAAUUUCUUAUAUCAAGUUUCAAUUUUGCAAAAAAUUCCCUUAAAUUGGAUCGUAUGGGUGGAGUACUAGGCAAUGCUGCUAUGGUUGCAGUUACCAUGAUUGCAUUUUUGCACCUACAUCAAGUUGCUUAUAAAGAGCAUUCACAGAAGCAAGAGGAUAAAGUCUACAGCAACAGAAAUAUGAUAAAAGCUUAUCAGCUGGAUGAUUCUUCUUCAUCUGAUGGUCAAUCGAAUCACUUGGAUGUGUUGUUAGCCAGGGGUUAAGGAGAAAUUUUUUCUAGAGUAGUUUGUCAAAUGAUAGGAGGUUGCACUUUUGUUUGCUUCAAGCCGUGUAUGGGUUUGUGUUUUAACACGAUGCUUAGAACAUUGCAGGAAAGAGCUAGCAUGAUUAUUCUUAGUACUAAAACUAUUCUAGUUCUUGAAAAUAUGUUGGGGACGUUAAUGUCUUGUCGGGAUAGGGGUUGAGAUGCAGAUAGUUGUACCAAUUGUCGGCUGGUUGCUGAUAUCUUGCUCUUUUGCUGUUGAUAUCAUGUGUAUAUCCCAAGGUUUACAUUUAUUUUCUGUGUUCA